ACAUUCUGGCCAAAACGUUUUGACUAGUCUGUGUGUACUGAGUACUGUAGUUAUAUGCAGUUGCAAAUUGUCACCAGCUGAUUUGGGCUGCCAAACUGUGUAUUUAUUUUGUUUAAUACUAGAACUUUGAUUACUCAAAUUCGUUUAUUACUAUGGCGACUAAAAAAUUGCUACGUGCAAUUAUAAUGGGUGCUCCUGGAUCUGGAAAGGGCACCAUCUCAGCUCGAAUUGUGCAAGAUUUUGGAGUAAAACACCUGUCUAGUGGUGACUUACUUCGCAAACAAAUCCACGAUAAGACUGGUGUGCUUUACUUUUUGUUUUUGUGUUGAUAGUUGUAGACCUAGUCAGCUUAUUGUAAUAUCUUUUUAAAAAAGUAAAAGGUCUCUAUUCAUAUUACUUGAGCAUAGUUUCCACGAAGCAAGUCAUAGUCAUAAUCAUAAUGAGAAUAUUGAGAAUAUCAGUAACUAGUAACAGUGACCAGUAUCAUCAUCAAAACACCCCCUCCCCCAUUUUUUAAUACCUCCACCUCAACAUUAACAGCCUGCUGAUCCUCGAAACAUGCCCCAUGCAAUCAAUUUUAUAGAUUAUAGUACACUAUACUUAUACUGUAUAGCCAUAUGGUUACAGUCACCAGGUAGACAUGAAGAAAAAAAAAAGGAUUUUAAAUUAAUACCCUCAAAUAAAAUUAUCACAAUUUUUUUUUUUUUAAUAUUGAAGUUAUGUAAACAUUUUGUUAUUUAUUAUGAUAUUAAUAGCAGUGAUAAUGUCUCCUAAAAUUCUGGUAGCAUUAUGAUUAUCUUUUAAAAUAAAAAAAGUUAUGGGCGAAAGCAGGCAAAAAUUUUUGAAAGUCAGUCGUAAGUUUUUGCUGUUAAAAAAAUAACAAAGCUUAAUAAGAAAGGGGUUUAAAAAAUUCACCAAAAAGAUCAUAACUCCACUUCUAUUGAAAAUGAAAUUGGUUUUUAUAAAACUUAUAGGCCUUCUUAGCCCUUUAAAAUGAUGUAUCUUUUAUGGGAAUAGGAUAAUAUUUAGACUUCUUUCUAAGUUAGGGUGGCCAAAUCAUGAAAAAAACGUGACACACCCAAAGAGGGUUGUUUGGGGUGAUACCCAGCUAAAGUGGGGUCCUGGGGCCUCUGCCGGAAAUUGUUUAUUGAAAUAUGCACAUUUUAACUAUUUGAGACCUGGAAAUCUUUUUAAAUUUACCUUCACUUUUGUAAUUUAAUUUAAACUCUGAGACAUAUCAUAAACAAAAACAAUAAUUUUUCGGUGAAUACUUAUUUAUAUAUACAUAUUUUACAACAUAAUAAAAUCUAUGGCAGGGACACUGUCGUUUACGCAGCGUCGGGAGAGUGGUGGAGGGGGAACACUGCAGCCAUCACACGAGUUCACAUCCCUACUGGCACUGGCUACACAGCUAGCCAAAAUAGUACUUGAAGUUAUAUUAUAAAUUAGGAAGUUUUAGUGAUUUGAAAAUAUGAUUGGUUUUAAAAACAGGACAUUUAGGCAUCCCAAGAGAUCGUGAAAAAAUGGGACAAUCCCAUUUUUACAGGACAUUUGGUCACCCUUAUCUAAGUACCUACUUCUGGUCACCCUUAACUAAGUAUCUACUUCAUAAUCUUUGAGUAUGGAUGCCCUUUUAUUAUAUCAAGUACAUACCAUAAUGAAAAGACCUUUUAAAAAUGUAAAACUCAAGUAUUAACAUAGAUCAUGUUAAAUUGUAUGAAUUAGAAAAAUUUAAUCAUUUAUGAUUGAACUCUUUUUUUUUAAUUUGUCAUGAUUCCAGUUUUUAAAAUACACAUUUCAGACAAGGCCUUGUAAAACAUAAUUGUUUAUUAGACUUAUUAACUUAUUAGAAUAGUUUAGCCUAGCACUUACUUUAUUAAUUUUUUAAUUUAGCAAAUGGAAUGACGGCAAAGCGUUUCAUUGAUGCUGGAGAGCUUGUUCCUGACAAUGUUAUGUUGAGGAUGGUUAUGUAUGAACUAAAUAAUUUACAACAUCACAGCUGGCUGCUUGAUGGUAAUAAAAUAAUGAAUUUAAAGUAACUUUUUUUAUCCAUGGAUUUACCAAAAUCCAUGACUAGAUACAUAGUUUUUAAUCAUACCUUUAUCAUUUAUGGUGACCAAUUAUAUCUUUUAAUUUUUUUCUUAAAUUCCAUUUAUUACAAAUAUUUAUUCAUAAGAAUUCUUUGUUUAACUGUCAUUUUUAAAAAAAAUAUAAAUGCUUUAAUGGCAAAUCUAAACUUUUAAGGAUUUAAAAGCAUAAAAACAUUUUGUUAAAUUUAGUAACAAGAUUUUUUACUUAAACUAAACAUAGAGAGUUGUUUUAAUGAAUGUCCCCAGUGGCCAAUAAUUUACUGAAGAAAUUUCUUUAUUACCCAAAUAAAUUAAAUGCAAAAUGAUGUGUACUUUUUAAUUUCCACAGCUUCGAGGUCAUUUAUAGUAAGUCAGGUCUGUUUAAUGGAGAUUUUAUGUGCUCAUUUGGUUUUUUCAUCUUUCUAAAAAAUAGGUUUUCCACGAACUGUAGAACAAUCAAAAGCUUUGAUUCGUGACCAACCCAUUGAUAUUGUUAUCAAUUUGAGAGUCCCUUUUGAAGUUAUCAUUGACAGAAUUAAAGGGAGGUGGACUCAUUUACCAAGUGGAAGGAUCUAUCAUAUUGAAUUUAAUCCACCGAAAGUUCCAGUGGGUAAAAUUUUUUAAGUUAAAAUUCUUAACCCCUUAAUAUUGGUUGCAUAGUGGAGCUACACUGGGUAGGGCAUUUCAUUGGUUUAAUGGUCCAGAGCAGAUACACACUUCAUUAUUAAUCAAAAAUCUAAUAUGAUCCAGUGUUAUCGGUAUAAUGUUGUUAGGCGUAUUUUGCUACUUUUUACCUGCUAUUGACAAGUCUCAACAUUUAAAUAUACAAUAUUUACUUAUGUAACUCAAUCGCGUUUUGAUGCAUUAUAUACUUAAAUAAUUUAUCCUGACAGAAAGGAAUUAGUGAAUCAGACUUUAAAAAUAAAAGUCUUGUUAUAUUUAUGCAGAGAUGUUUAUCUUUCUACCCUAAACUCUUUCAUACACCUGAAUUGCAAAGGAAACAUCUUCUAAAAAUUGUAAAUUAUGUCCUUGAAUUUUAAAAAAUCGGUUUGCCAUUUUAAAUAUCUGUAAUUUUGAUGGAUUUUAAUAUGUUGGUAUCCUUAUUAAAUAUUUAACCAACCUUUUUACUCACUCUUGAAAUAUAUUUUCGGAAAAUUGUUAGGAAAAGCCUUAAGUUCAUAUAUCUAAAGAAGAAUUUCUUAAUCAAUUUUCACAUCUCUUACAGCCUUGUGUUUUUAGAAAUGUUAUUAUUCUCAUUAAAAUUAAAAUUCAACAGCAAUUUUACAUGAACUGUAUUGUGCACAAAGUGUAAAGAAAAUCUUUAAAUAUUGUUUGUUCAUCUUACAUGCAUAAUAAACACAAAUGUGUACGCCAUUCAGUGAACUUUUGGAGAAUUUUAUUUUUUAGGCUAUUGAAAAAAAUUAUGUUGUCUUAAAAAUUGUCCAACAAAUACAAUCUCAGAAUUUGACAACUUGAUUCUAAGUUUGUAAUUCUGGAUUUUUUUAAUUAUAAUCUGUAAGAUUUCCUCUUAAAAAAAACAAAAAAACUUGUAAAUGUUUCAUUCCAACUUUUGGUUUCAAUAGAUGAAUGAUAUUAAACGUGCUUGCCUUGGUGCACAGGUCAUAUCUUCAUAACUCUUUGCAUAAAAGAUGUUUAAAAUAAUUAAUACUAUGAUAAAUCUUUUCCCAAUAUUUUCGUUAUAAUUUUACAGCUUUUUUUAUGUCUCGCUUCUAGGGCAUAGAUGAUGUGACUGGAGAACCUUUAUUACAACGAGAUGAUGACAAGGAGGAAACUGUUAAAGCUAGGCUUGAACAUUAUAGGCGACUGACACAUCCAGUGUUACAGUUUUUCAGGUAAAUCAUGCCAUGCAUUAAGCACUUUUAAUAAUUAACAAUUCACUGAUGUAACAAUGACUUUACUAUAAAAAUCAUGGAAAAUUAAAUUGCAGUUAUUUUGGAGCGCUACAUUAAGAGCAAAAUAAAAGUUGAGUUUACUUUAAUGAUAAAGGAUAAUAAAUGAAGGACUGCUUUCAAGCCAUGUAAAGAUAAUAGUAGAAAAAUAUGUGUGGAAGCUUGAAUCAAAAGACAGGAAAAUCUGAUAAGAAUCUAUAUUUCGGCUAAGAGCUUUCUUCAGCUUACGGGACAAAUGAAAAUACAACGAGAAAUAGAAAGUAGUUAAAAAACUAUUGAUCACCAUUUUUUUUGCCCGAGGUUGGAUCUUCCAAAACCAAGAUUACAGAAAGUAAAAGAAUGUAUUUAUUAUUACUGUGAAAAAUAAGAUCUUAACGGACAAAAAUUUGGAGAAAUUUUCACAGAAAUUGACCCCGCUCAGCAUGCAGUUAUUAGAGGAACAAUAACAGUAUGAAGAUUUCCUAAACAGAUUAUCAGUUAUUCAAAAUAAAAUCCAUACUCAAUGUAAUGGUAAAUGCUUUGAAAUGUUAACUUGACAUGCGAUUUUUUUCUGAUUUUUCAAAUCGUUUCAUCCCAAAGUUUGGGCUGUUUUUCCUUUAGAGAUAAAGAACACUAUACUUAACUUUAAUUAUACAUCUGCAUUUCAGAAAUAAAGGUAUUGUUGAGGAGUUUACUGGCAAAUAUUCCAAUGAAUUGUGGCCCCAAGUUCAUGAUGCUCUGGCACAAGUACUGAAACCUAUCAAGUACACUCAUUAUGAGUGAAAUUAGCGGAGCUGCCAUCAAUGUGCCAUCCAUAUGAAACCUAUCAAGUACACUCAUUAUGAGUGAAAUUAGCGGAGCUGCCAUCAAUGUGCCAUCCAUAUGAAACCUAUCAAGUACACUCAUUAUGAGUGAAAUUAGCGGAGCUGCCAUCAAUGUGCCAUCCAUAUUUUAUCUACUGGUUGAAUAAGAUUUUAAUAACGGGUGCAUUUAGCAAGGAGGGAGAGCACAUACAUUUAAGCACACACUAACCAAUAAUUAACAGCCUUUUUAAAAUCAAUUCUUUUCAAGGUCUCUAAGUAUAGUAGUAUAAAAAAUCACCACAAUUUUAUGUGUUUUUUUUUCAAAAAUUAACUUGUUAAGUAGCAGUAAUUUCAUGCCUUGUGAAAACUUUGUAUUGUUCUACAAUAUUCCUUAUGUCAAACAGCCAGCGUUAAUCAUGAAAGAGGGGGAAAUCCAUGGCAUAAUUUCCUAACACAGUUUACAAGGACUUGGUUUCAUUGUCUUGUUCCCCAUAAUUUUCUAAAGAUAAAUUGAAGCAGACAGUUGGGAGAUACAAGUGUAUGGGCUGGAGGGUUCCAAGAAGUUAUUGUGUUUGGAUGUGAUGACAUGACUUUAUUUUAUGUAUGUAAUAUAUAGAUGGCCCCAAACCUGUCUCCAACUUUUUCUAAUGUUUACUUUUAAAAAACAAAACAAAAAAAACAGAAAAUCCGUUGUGGGGUGAUUACAGUUUCAUUGACAGUUCAUACUCCUAAGAUAUAAACAUAUGGGAAUCAAAAUAAAAUUACCUAAACAUUUACAUUGGAUCCCGGUGCUUAAACGGAGCCCGGUGCUUAAACUAAGCAACGUUCUCCCAAGAAAAUUAAUAUCACAUGAUUUAUGGAGUUUUGUUUAAAUGUUUA